AACCGCGCCGGGAAGGGCAGCGCUGACCGCCAGCGUCACUCGGGGAUCGCGGCCCCGGGGCAUCCGCGUCCCACAGGCAGGCGGACGGUCGGACGGAGCUCCAGAGUUCGGGUGCUGCGGAGGAAAGCGUGGGCAGCUGUCGUUUAGAUGUUGAUAUGUAAAGCAAAAUGGCAAAAAUCAACACCCAGCACUCCUACCCUGGUAUGCACAGACUGUCUGUCAGAACUACUGAUGAAGAUAUUGAAAGGAUUGAAAAUGGCUAUAUCAGAACCCAUUCACUGUGUGAAGAUGCGUCUUCAGAACUGCAGGGAGUCAUUUCUGUGGAGGGAAGACAUGUAUCUGAAUCCCAGACGAGCUCAUUCACAGGCAGGGGAGCAAUGGCAAGGCUGUCACGAUUUGUCUUAUCCGUAAGGUCAUGGGCCACAAGACAUUUGCAUCAUGAAGACCAAAGGCCCGAUUCUUUCCUGGAACGUAUCAGAGGGCCGGAGCUCGUAGAGGUGUCCAGUAGGCAAAGUAACAUCCGCUCCUUUCUGGGUAGCCGUGAGCGGCCUGGGGCAGUAAACAGUCACUGGCCUUUGGCCAGGUUUAAUGUCAACUAUAGCAACAACACCAAUGAAGACAAAAAGGAAGAAAAGAAAGAGGUUAAAGAGGAGAAAAAAGAGGAAAAGAAAGAGGAAAAGAAAGAGGAAAAGAAAGAGGAAAAGAAAGAUGACAAAAAAGAUGACAAAAAAGAUGAUAAAAAAAAGGAAGAGCCAAAAAAAGAGAUCUUUGUGAUAGAUCCUUCAAGCAAUCUGUACUACAACUGGCUGACCAUAAUUGCUGCACCCGUGUUCUAUAACUGGUGUAUGCUAGUGUGCAGAGCCUGCUUUGAUGAGCUACAAAUGGACCAUGUUAAAUUAUGGCUGUUCUUGGAUUACUGCUCUGAUAUCAUCUAUUUUUUUGACAUGUUUGUCAGAUUCAGAACAGGCUUCCUUGAACAAGGCUUGCUAGUUAAGGAUGAAAAGAAAUUACGAGAACAUUAUACCAAAACGUUGCAGUUCAAACUGGAUGUGCUGUCUCUUCUGCCAACCGACCUGGCUUAUUUGAAACUUGGUUUGAACUACCCUGAACUACGAUUUAACCGCUUGCUGAGGAUUGCUCGGCUGUUUGAGUUUUUUGACCGUACUGAGACCAGGACAAAUUAUCCAAACAUGUUUCGUAUUGGAAAUCUUGUGUUGUACAUCCUUAUCAUCAUCCACUGGAAUGCGUGUAUAUACUUUGCGAUUUCGAAGGUCAUUGGAUUUGGAACCGACACUUGGGUCUAUCCCAACAUUUCCAUUCCAGAGUAUGCACGCCUGUCUAGGAAGUACAUUUACAGUCUGUACUGGUCGACGCUCACACUGACGACCAUUGGAGAAACACCUCCCCCGGUGAAAGACGAAGAGUAUCUCUUUGUAGUCAUUGACUUCCUGGUGGGUGUGCUGAUCUUUGCUACCAUUGUUGGUAAUGUCGGCUCCAUGAUUUCUAACAUGAAUGCUUCCAGGGCUGAAUUCCAGGCCAAAGUGGAUUCUAUUAAACAGUACAUGCAAUUCCGAAAAGUGACUAAGGAUUUGGAAGCCAGGGUUAUUAAGUGGUUUGAUUACCUCUGGACCAACAAGAAAACAGUGGAUGAGAAGGAAGUUCUCAAAAAUCUGCCUGACAAGUUGAAGGCUGAAAUUGCCAUCAAUGUCCAUUUGGACACGCUAAAGAAAGUGCGUAUAUUCCAGGAUUGUGAAGCUGGGCUUCUCAUUGAGCUGGUACUGAAACUGAAACCUACCGUCUUCAGUCCUGGGGACUACAUUUGUAAAAAAGGAGAUAUUGGAAGAGAAAUGUACAUUAUUAAAGAGGGAAAGUUGGCUGUGGUGGCAGAUGAUGGCAUAACCCAAUUUGUAGUCCUAAGCGAUGGCAGCUACUUUGGUGAAAUCAGCAUCUUAAACAUCAAAGGCAGCAAAUCUGGCAAUAGAAGGACAGCCAACAUUAGGAGUAUUGGUUAUUCUGAUUUGUUCUGCUUGUCUAAAGAUGAUUUAAUGGAAGCCCUCACAGAGUAUCCAGAAGCCAAAAAGGCUCUGGAAGAGAAAGGGCGUCAAAUUCUGAUGAAAGACAAUUUAAUAGAUGAGGAGGCAGCAAAAGCUGGAGCUGACCCAAAAGACUUGGAAGAAAAAGUAGGAAGACUUGAAACAGCUCUGGAUACGCUGCAGACUAGGUUUGCUAGGCUCAUGGCAGAAUACACUGCAUCUCAACAAAAGGUGAAGCAGAGACUUUCCAGAGUAGAAACCCGAGUGAAAAAAUAUGGUAGUGGCAGCUUAUCAGUUGCAGAAGCAGAGGCUGAAAAACCUGAGGAGAAAAAGCAGUAAUGGAGCAUUUAUAUUUCCUCAUUUAUUUGAGAAAGUUGAAGCACUGAAAGCCAUAAAUGUAUGUAAAUACGUGUGUGCAUACAUAGACAUGAUUAUUUUUAUAUGAACUCAAGAGAAUGGUUUUUAGCACUUUUAACUGAAGCAGUAUUUCUUUGCAAAUAGAACACUGUCACCAUCUUCUUAGGGGGAAAUUUGGACUGGCUCUUGGGUACUUUUUUGUACUGGGAGUGGGUUUCUUACAAGUUAUGCUCAGAAUGUCUGUUUUGUUUGGUACCUGUAGGCCUUGACACACUGUCUCUUCCCAUACAUCUUGUGUUAAGAAGGCAUUGUACUUGAAGUAGAAGGAAUUGGUUUUUUUCUUUUUUAAGGGCUUAAAAAUAUUUAUAGGGUACCUGCUGUACUUUGCUACCUUAGUAGCUGAUUAAAUGUAUGGACAGAAUCCGGGUUUCUCAAAAUCUUUGUUCUUUCGCAGUGUAGAGUCUGUGCAAACAGUAGUCCGACAGCAAAGCAGCAUCACUUACCUGGGCAUUGCAGUGCAGCCCUGCACGUGUAUGAAACAGCCAUGCAUCUGGAUGCGUUAGUCUAAUUCUUUCUAAUGAGCUGGGCUCUGCACAAAAGGACCGUGCUGAGAGAGUAGCAGUGCUUAUUCAUGUCCUUUCUGGCAUGGUCUGUGACAGCCUUUGCUGCUCUGCAACUGCUUCACUAGGGGACAGUGUGAAAUCCCCCCUUUUGUUUUUCUUAGCACAGUUCCAUCCCCACUGGUAAAACACUCACUUGGAAGAGAGUCCCCAAAAGCUCACUGGCGGAAGGCAGCUGGGGCAGUAUGGCUUCACCAAACCUGGGAAGAGAAAAGAGGGCCCUGGUGCAUGCAGUUGCUGUAUGUGGGAUGUUGAGUGAAUUCCCUGUCAGCAAGCGGGCAGUCCCAGAGGGAGGCUAUGGAGAAACUGUGUGGGCUGGCAGGGUAGGCUGUCCCUGCCUGCCAGCCAGCUUUCUCCCACAACAGGGUUUCUGUGAGGCAGGGAACAAGCGCCAUGUUGCAAAGUCAUUCCAGUCACUAGGCCUAUGUUUUCUUCCUUUUUCUUCUUUUAAGAACAGGUGCCUACUCCACCUCUCUUUCCUAUUUACUGCCAUCCUUUCUCCAAAGUAGUUGUCACACUACCAUGUUUCUGUUAGUUAGGGAGAAUGCAGGCCACAUUUGCUCAGGUUGUGUUGAUUGAUUUUCUGCUUGCUGCAGAGUAGUUGUCUGGCUCUGAGUUGAAUACACCUCUGGUCCACUCAGCCUGUUGUGAUAUUCAGGUUGGCACUGAGGUUUCUUGCAGCCUCAGGAUUUGCAUCCUGCACAUCCCUCUUAGCUUUCUCCACCCUCCUGCUCCCAGUUUCUUUCUAGGCCUCUCUCCCUCCCGUUGAGGGGAUUUUUUUAGUAUUCUCCUGCUGGGAAGAUACUAGCUUUCAUUUUUUGCUGUACAGUAUUUUUCUGUCAUGUAACCUUCCCUAUGUUACUAUCCUCCCUUACCGCACUGCUUUUUGAAAAGUAUGGAGUAGCACAGCCUGUUCAGCACCCAUGGCACAGGAGCUGGAUUCUCCAAUGGCAUUAGGUAUUACCAUGGGCACUGCUCUGACUUUUCAAUUGUCCUCAGUCCUGACUGAGGAGCCCUAACAGCAUGUGGGAUUGAUGGCCUGUGGGAGAAUUGGUGAGAAAUCCACUGAGGGUAGUUUAACUGCAUGGUAGUGGAAUAAAAAGAGGUGGUUUUGCUAAACUGAAUACAACUGCUCAGAGUAAGCACUUGUCUCUGGGCAAGCAGCUGUCCCCCUUCUAUUGACACUUUUGAGCCUAGUGAUGGAGUUAAAUCUGUCAGUGACUAAGGAACAGGGCUUUGCCAGCAACACUGGCAAAGGGACCAUUGGGUAGUAAUGUCCACACACGGCCCAUGUCUAAACUCCUGUUAUCAUUGGCCUAGAAGACAACUACACUUAGGUAUCUGCUGUAGACUGGUCUUAACUUCUAUUAUCAAAAUUUCCACUGACGGUAACAAGUGGUUUGGAAAGUAGCUGAGAUCUGUAUGUGGCCAGUGGCAUUGGGGAGUAUUGGUCUGUCAGCUGAAUUUUGUCCUUAUUUUCUUUAAGGGUUUGGGACCAAUGGGGAGGUCAGAGAGGCUGCUUUUGGCAUGGUCUAGUGCCCUCGCUACCCCUGAGGAAAGCAGGGCUGAGGUGGAGCUGGGUGUGGGUUUGUGGCAGUGGACCAUGGCAAGCACAAACGGGGCAGUCACAGGCUGCUGCACCUGCAACUUUCACCUCGUAAGAGAGGCAGGUACUGCACUCACCUGUGGCUGAUGUUCACUGCUGUGUUACUCCUACACCACAUCUGGUAGGUGUUUUGUACUUAUUGACAUGUUCUAUAUCGGUCAUUGUCCUCUGUAAAUAUCUAUACCCAACAUAGUACAGCUGUUCCAGGCCAAUAGGUAUAUACAAGUAAAGCUGUAUAAAGUACUGUUUAUACCUGUUUAAAAACCUUACAAACACAAGACUGCUUCUUUACCUGAUGGAUCAGAACAGCCUAAUCUACCAGUUAAAUACAUAUUUGCUAUUCCCUUUCCAUGCCUCUUGGUCUGGUUUUCAUAUGCCAGAAAAAGAGCAUUGUGAUGCUACUGGUUUCAGUCACUUUGAAACAUACAGCUUCUGGCAUGACGACAUCACAUCCUUUGAUCAGUUUAUCUCUGUAAGAUGUUUUUUCCCCUUCUUUAAUGUGGCUACAGCAUGUACAUUAAAAUAUUUUGAGUAA